CUAAAGGUCCUGCGGCGCAUCCCCUGGAAAAGCCGUGCACCCAAAAAUACAGCGCCCAGUCCAUCAAUCAGCCAUCAGCCAUUCAUACCAUGUGGGACCGCCCCCGAACCUCUGCCACAGCGGGUCUCGACAGGCUGCACCGGCCCUCCAUCCGGCAUCAGCUUAAAGACGGCCCCAGCACAGACAAGCCAGAGAUUUAUCUGUACGAGUACAGCCCUGCCAAUAAUGCUCUGGGCAUCGCCGUCUCCAGCUUCAACUCCAGACUUUACAAUCACCAGAAACCGCAAAGACCGCAGAGACCACCGAGGCCAGAGAGGCCAGAGAUAGUGCACGAUAAGCAGAUACUACCAUUAUUCGCCGCUGCAUCAUCAACCGAGGGAAUUGGAAUGUACGUACAUCUCCCGAGUUACGACUGGAAUUGGCCUGUCUGGCCGUGGCUGCGUCAUGCAGAUUGUUAUCCUAUCCUACCUUGUGUGCUGCGUUGCCACCUUGUUUUGAUGCUGUCAUUCGCCCGAGAGCACAUGCCGGUUCGUUGGUGAAGGGCACAGCCUUGGGCGAAUGCGCGUCAAACAAGGAAACAAAGGGAAAAAACAAGCUGGAGGCCAAUCGUGCAUCGGACUAUUUCCCCAUCACCGUUGGUUGGUCGCAUGAUGCUGCUACUACAACCCGCCGGCUCACGCUAUCUGCACUGCCCACUGCCUAUUGCUCUGUUCAUUUGUUUGAAAUAGCCAACAAACGGCUUGCGGCUGACGUGAACAUCUUUUCCCCAGUUCCAGAUUUCCGACAGACGAUCCUGCUGAUUUUGCAGACGCAUCGUCGCGCAUCGCCGUUGAGCCGCCACCGAGGAACCCUAGACGAUUAUUGCGAGUG